AAGUUCUGUGCUCUCAUUUGCAUUAAGUGUUCUAGAAGAGUAUAUUCUAAAUCAUUUUGCUCUCCACUGGCCGGAAGUGCUCAAAUACUAAAUAUACACGAAAGAGGAAACUCAGGAGAGAAACUCAGAAAUCAUGUGACCAAUGACUAAGUUAAAUUUUUCUGCUUACUGAAAGGGAAGAGUCAGAUGAAUAGUUACAGAGUCUCCUUGUAUUUUUAAAGUUUUGAGGAUACCAAAUCAUGUUUCCGUUUAUGCUUUUUUCUACUCUGUUUUCUUCCAUAUUCACUGAACCUGGGGAGCAAUAUUGGAUCUGCAACUCCUCUGAUGCCAGUGUUUGGUAUACCUAUUGUGAUCACAUGAAAGCCCCUAUUUCAAUAGAUGUUAAUCCCUGUAUAGCAAUGAAGGGAAGCAAGGGAUAUUUGCAUCUUUACUACAUUCCAAGAAGAGAUAUUAAAAAACUAUAUUUCAAUCUCUAUAUAUCUUUUAACUCCAUGCAUUUACCAACGCGCAAAGAAGUUAUUUGCCGAGGAUCUGAUGAUGUUUAUUCUUUUUGCAGAGCUCUGAAGGGAGAGACUGUGAAUACAAGAAUACCCUUCUCCUUUAGGGGAAUACGAUUUUCUAAGGGACGAUACAAAUGUGUUGCAGAAGCCAUCUCUGGAGAUACUGAAGAAAUGCUCUUUUGUUUGAAUUUUACCGUCAUACACCACCCUGAUUUCAAUUAGAAUAAAUAGAGUAUAUUUUUA